AUGGAAAACGAAAUUUCCAAUUCUAUCCCUAAUUCCCUCUCGAGCGACCGCGUCAAGCUCAACGUUGGAGGUAAGCUUUUUGAAACCACAAUAUCCACACUUCAAUCGGGCGGUCCGGAUUCACUGUUAUCCACUCUCUCCACCCUACCUAGCCAUGACCCCAUUUUCGUUGACCGCGACCCGGAGAUUUUUUCCGUCCUCCUCUUUCUCCUCCGCUCCAACCAUCUCCCUUCCACCGCACGCCGUUUCUCCAAGCAAGAACUCGACGACGAGGCUCUUUAUUACGGCAUCGACUCGCGCCUCCGCCUCGCCAUCGCUCCUCCUCCUCUCUCAGGAAUCGACGCUUCCUUUGUCUCCACCAUCUUCCCCGCCUCCGACGGCGUUGUAUCCUCAUUCAACGCGGCAGCAGACGACGGCUCUGUCUGCGUCGCUCACGGUGGCCAAAUCUCCUUCUACGAUCACAACCUCACCCACGUCUCCACAGUUCGUACGCAUCUCGAAGAGAUCACCUCCAUCCGCCACGUAUGUCCCGACCUCGCCGCCAUCGGUUCCGACUCCACCGCGGGGCUCCAUUUCUACGAUUUCUCUAGUGCGCGCUACCUCGGUUCAACUCACUGGACUGACUCAUCGGAUCCGAGAAUCUACAAAGCGCGAGUCAGCUCAAUCGCCGACUCCCCGAGUCAAAUCUUUGCCACCUUUGAUUGUCCACAUAGAGAGAAUUGCAUAUUAUUAAUUGACAAAUCAACGCUUCAGAUCUCAUCAGAGAUCGGGAGACAAUCGGGGAGCUCUUCCAAGAACACGGCCCCCGGAAAGCUGACGUGGCUGCCGGAGACCGGCGCGAUAAUCGGUUCGGCUGUUACGUCUGGGGCGUUUGGUUAUUCAGGUUAUAUUAGAAUGUGGGAUCCACGGAGUGGUGAAGUUAUUUGGGAGACGAAUGAGCCAGGUUCGGGACGAAGCAGCAGGUUCGGCGACUCGUUUGCGGACGCGGACGUUGACGUGGGUGGGUUUACUUUGUUUAAAGUCUGUUCAAAGUCUGGUGAUUUAGCAGUGGCAGAUUUGCGUAAUCUAGUGGAUGAUCCGUGGGUUUAUAUUAAGGAUAAGAACCCUAGCAUGAGUUUUAUUGGUGGUGCAAGUAGCAGUGUACUACAUUGUUACAAGAGUCAGGUUUUUGUGGGAAGAGAUGGGAGUUUAGAGGUGUGGUCAAAAGAGAAUAAUGGGGCUGAUGAGGGGUUGUAUAGGAGAAAUUUCGUGGAUAAAGUGGAGGAUUCAACGAGAGGGGUGAUUAGGAAAAUUGAAGGUGGUGGAGAUAGGUUGUUUGUUAGUAGGGAAGAUGCCGAGGGUAUUGAAGUGUGGGAAAGUUCUUAUUCUUCUGGUGCAAUUUUGGUUUAG